AUGUCCAGUCUCAGAAUAUGUUCAAAAACGAUACCUAUAUUAUUUGUCAAAGUUAAAUAUUGUAAAUUGAUAUUGAGUAAUAUUAUUUAUUGCAGUUUUCCAUUCAAAAGACCAGACAUUCUCGAAUUAUGGAUAAAGGCAGUUUCUAGUGAGAAUUGGACUCCAACUAAAAGCAGCAAGCUUUGUGGGGAGCAUUUCCUGCCAACAGAUGAUUCAGGCAUACCAGGUACUGCUAGGUUUUUGAAAGCAGAUGCUGUACCCAGUAUAUUUUCAUUUCCUCAGCAUUUGUUACCAAAAAAUGCUGAUUCCCCCAGGAAAAUAAAAAAACUCAUAGGAUGCAUCUGUGGACGUUCAUAA